AUGCGAGAGGAGGUCAGGGAUGAGAUCGCCAAAGCCGCCAGCGGGAUCGGUUCGAGCGCGUACCGCGCCGCCUACGAAGACGACAUGAAUAGGGUAGAGCACCAGGGCCCAACAGAUACCGAGUUUGAACAGCAGCUUACAGACGUAUCAACUAUACAAAUACGCCACCAGCUUUUGGGGCCAUCAUGGCCGGGAGGCAGAGAGUCAGGAUCGAUCGAUUUUGGGGUUUCUCCAAUCCCAAGUCAAGGCCGAAGCCUCCUGUCAAGCACUCCUGGCCACCGGAGCGAGUAUUCGAGAUAUUCCAGCGCGUAUGACGAGGCUCCACUUGGCGGCAUACUUCGGGGUCAGAAUGUUGUGUCCACUCUGAAUGGCCACAAAGGAGCAGCUAGCCUGUUGUUGGGGCGGUCCUGGGAAACCGCCGAUGAACUUCUUUCUGAACUUGCGGCGUCAAAGCUGUCAGAUAUGGAGCGCCGUCUCUUCCAAGCUGCCGUGAGCGGGGGUGUAGACACGGUGCGAGUCUUGACCCAGUUCGGGGUAGACCUGGCCUAUCCCGAAUGGGGUGCUACUGCUCUUCUCGAGGUCAUCGCGCAGGGCCAGGUGCAAGCGGCGAAACUGUUGAUAGAGUCGGGAGCGAGCAAAAGGGAGCUGCAUGAACUCGAGGCCCGUGCCACUGCAGCCCGUCCCGUCCAGUCGGAAUUGAUGGCGAAUUUUGAGACCAAUGCCGACGCAUAUCAUCGCAUCGUGGGGUUGGUGUUCUUUCCGGGUUGUUGGCCAAGCCGGCCCGAACAAUGGGAAAAAUCAAAGCCUGGGUCGAACUGGGGGCACAUGCCGGCCCUCGUGGGACCCAUGCAAAGCUAUGCCCAACUUGGUCAUCCUGGGGCUCUUCCCCCAAAGGACCAAUCUGCGGGUAUCCCGGAAGCCUGUCUUUGGGGACUUUCUUUGGCCUUAAGUGGGGGAACCUUGGGAGCUCAGUGGGCGAAGACACCACCAGGGAGUCAUGGCGCCAUCGCCUGGCACCUGCCGUUACAUGGCGGGAAUCCGGUCAUCAAUCUGGGCAUACCCGAGAGACCGAGGAACCCCUGGACUUUUUGUCGAUUGGCGUCAAUUGGCUGA